CAAGAAAUGCAUGUAUAUAUAUAUAUAGAUGCUAGAAGCUCACUAAAAAAUUACUAAAACCCUUUUGAAUUCUUCUUCUUCUUCUUCUUCAUGGAGCCAAAUGAAUCAAAGGGGACUCGGUACUUACCUAAUCACUGCCUCCCAACGCAUCCCCAUCCAGAUUCCCUGCCGAUCUACCCGCCUCGAUUCUUCCCCGUCUCUCAUAUUCAUGUUCCGGCCCAUGAUUUCUCACCAAACGCCUCGUCUCUCAGCAACGAAGCUGCCUUCAAUGAAGCUGGGGAGCCGGACAUGAACUACGAAAGAAAGCUCAAGAGAAUGAUAUCCAACAGGGAGUCUGCGAGGAGGUCGCGGAUGCGUAAGAAGAAGCAGAUUGAAGAGCUGCAGUAUCAGGUGGAUCAGCUCCACUCUACCAAUCGCCAGCUCUCGGAGAAGCUCAUCCAACUGUUAGAGGGCAACCAACAGAUCCUCCAGGAGAAUGCUCAGCUGAAAGAGAGAGUUUCCUCCCUUCAAAUCUUCCUUGCUGAUCUCAUAACACCUCUGAGGAAUGCCGGAGAUGUCACCGUUAACACAAGUGGCAAUCAACUUAGAGCCGAGGACUCAAGUACGCCAUGAUUGCCUGCCUCCCUACCAUGGAGAAUUCCGCUUUGCUUCAUCCAGUACAGGGGUUCAGUAGUAUUGAUGCGUAAAGUUUUCCCAUUUCUUUUCUUCCCCUGCUGUCUUUCUACAGGUAAAAACAGUUAAAGAUACACGAGUUUAAAUGGUCAAUGUAA